GAGUCCGGCAAAAGUAGCAGUAGAACUGAACUGCAACUAAAGGAAGUAGCCUAGUUUGAAUAUUGUAAUGAUAUAACUGUACUUCAUAGUAUUGGAGUAUAGAAGAUACAAACCGUAAAAGUGAUGCCGGCCCAGCCCUCCCUCAGAGAACCACAGGAGGAGAUGGAGGUGGAGGGAGAGAGUGAACUACCAGAGGCCAAUGGAGAGAUGGAGGAAGAGAGGGAGAGAGAGAGAAGAGAGGGGGAGGAGGAAACCAUGGAGGAGAGUACGGAGGAGAGGGAGAGCGACUCGGACGAUAGCGAGGAGGAGGAAGAGGAGGAAGAGGAGAGUUCAGAGAUGGAUGAUGAGGACUGUGAGAGGAGGAGAGGAGAGUGCCUAGAUGAGAUGUCAGACCUAGAGAAACAGUUCCUGGAACUGAAAGACAAGUUGUUUCGUGAGCGGUUGAACCAGGUUAAGGUGAAGCUAGAUGAGGUGUUGACUGGUAAAGCAGGAGAAUACAGAGAACCACUGGCAACACUACAACAUAACAUGACGCUACGCACCCAGGUGGCAGGUGUGUACAGAGAACUGUGUCUGCAGGUGAUCCAACACAGGUAUGAGUGUGAGCUGCAGGGAGCUCGACAACACCUGGAGAGCGAGAGGACAUUGUUGUUUGAUGCUAUGAAGACAGAACUGCUGGACAAGAUCAGACGGCUGGAGGAGGAUAGCCAGAGUGUAGACCUCACGUCAGAGUGGUGGAGUGAUGAGGUGAAAGGGAAGAAGUGUAAAAGGAGGAGUCUGUCCCGGCCAGAGAGGAAGAAGAAGGCUGCCCUAGUAUCUGGCCCGUUCAUCGUCUACAUGUUGAGAGACAUUGAUAUCCUGGAAGACUGGGCAGCUAUACAGAAGGCUAAAGCAGCACUGACACCACUAAAGAAGAAAUCAGACAGUAAGUUUGGUUGUGUGUGUGUGUGGUUGUGUGUGUGUGUGGUUGUGUGUGUGUGUGUGUGUCAAAGGAUUUGCAAGAAACAUUAUCGACAGCAUUUAUCAAGCAACUAG